GUGAUUUGCGUGUUGUACCCGCAGAGGAAAAGUGUGUAUAUAUACAGAUAUCGACUCUCAGCUUGCAGAGAGAAAGGAAAGAGAAGCAGAGAAACUAGGAAAAAGAAGAGACUUCUUUGCAGAGAAACCCUGAUUCAGGAAGAGAUGGAUAGCCAGAAGGAGAAGGAGCCAAAAGCUGCAGUUUCUACGACAUCUUCUUCUUGCAGGAAGUAUGUCAAUGAUGACAACGCCACUUUCCUUGCAAACCUCAAAGACCACUUCAACGAGUUCCUCAAUGCCUCUAUGGAUGAACACAAAACUUGCUUCAAAAACACCAUCGACAAGAUAUUCGGGAGGUCAAAGGAGGUUGAGACUAAGGAAGUCGAGAGUCGCCCUCCUCUUUAGGCAGCAGAUGUUCUGUUGAAGUUUCAUUCUUGUCUGAGCUUCAAUGUUCCUUUUGCUUUUUUAUUAUCUUAGCUGAACUUGUUUCUAUCAUGUUGCAAAAAUUGGGUGUUAAUAUAAUCAAAGAACCCGCUUUCUAACCCUUUUUAAAAGGUUCUCGUUCUUAAUUCA